AUGGACAAAAACACGGAACGGCGCCAUUACUUCAACCAACCAUUCACGGCCCGUUACGUCAGAGUGCAUCCGGUGACGUGGAGAGGGCGCGUCAGCAUGCGAUUGGGUCUCAUUGGCUGUCAGCUCAAAGGCGAAUGUGGUCAAGGAUUUUUCCGGGUGCAUACAGAUUCUGAAUGUGUGGAGAACCUGGCCUACAAGCGUGAGACGUGGGUGAACGACAAGCGACACACGUGGACGGGCUGGAAGGACGGGCACUCGUCGUUCGCGGUCGACGGGGACGAGGACACGCACCUGCGCAGAUGCGCCAUCCUCGACAACUACUACGUCGACCACCCCGUCUGGAUGGUCGACCUGGGGGCCAGAAAGAACGUCCGGGGGGUCGUCGUCGUCACCUGGCAGGGGAGAGGUGAGGAUCGGAACAACGUGUACAGGGAGUACUUGUACAACCUGGAGAAGCUGACGGUGUACGUGGAGGACAAGGCGAGGCUGGAGACGAGCAGCAGCGGCUCCAAGUGCGCAUCCGUCUCCAGGCUCAACAACGCCCUCUUCCGGCGACUCCUCCACUUCGAGUGCCCCGCCCACCUCGAAGGGAGAUACGUCUACGUGAAGGCGUACGGCGUCCCCAGGUGGAACAGGUUGUAUUCGGCCAUACUCUGCGAAGUCAGGGUGUACUAGAGAAGAACCCCUCCCCACCGAGACUUUUGGGAAAUAUAAACUUAGCUCUGAUAGGA